CGUUAACCCUUAAACGUUAAGCCAACCGUUGUAAUAAUCAUUUUCCAGAAAACACCCAACUCUCUCUUUAUAAACACACAUCCUUCAUCUUCCUUCUUGCAACAUUCACCCAUCUCUCCAUCUCUCUCUUUCUUCCUGCAGCAGAUUUCUCAAGAAUCUUGAAGAUUUCAACAUGGGUUUGGUGGUUGUGAUAUCUCUGCCAUUCAUUAUCUUCUGCAUAUUGCUUGGUUUCGGUUGCUACUUCCUGGGAAGAGCCAAAGGGAGACGAGACCUCCAGGCAAACGCUCAGGUUUUCGGGGUUCCUGCUCCUCCACCAGGCUCAGCCCCAUCUGCUUCUUCUCCCCCGCAUUUCAAGCCUGACAAUUCUGCAAAUGUUUAAGCUUCGAAGUCCGCUUUCUGAUUCUUUCAUUCUUUUGUUUCCCUCUUCUGGGUUUGUAGAGAAGUAACUGUUUUGUGUGUGCCACUGAGACUUCAUCUCUUUUUGUUUGCAUAAAGUAUAGAAAAGGCCUAAAUCUGACAUGUAAUUUGAUAUCCUCUGGAAUAAGAUUGAUCCAGUAUAUCUGUUUCAUGUUUUGCUAUACAAAAUAAUGUCUCAUCGUGUACAGCUGCUUAGCAGCAGUGACAG